GGAGAGACGUUUGAGGUUAAAAACGUUAAAACGGGCGACUUGUUUCACCAUCUCUUUCAGGUUCCCUGAAACGUAAUGAUGGAGUUCGACGGGAGUCUCUUAGUUAAAUGUUCCAGGGAUGUAAAACUGCACAAAACGUUAGAAGACACACAGCGGAUGACUCUCCACUGUCAGGAGUGUCACACAGUGCUGGGGGACUCGCUCGGUGUUUGUGGGGACAUUAAAUGUUUGGACUCGAUCCUGUGUCUCAGAGUGACCGAUGACGUGGUCGUGAGCGACAACAAGGAGUUUGGACAGAAAGGGGAAAUGGCUAAUUGCAUCUACAGCUCUCUAAAAUGUCGCGGCUGUCGCUCUCCUGUUGGGAAAGUCAUCCACUCAUCGCCGUCCCGUUUGGCCUCGAUCCGCUCCAUCUUUCUGCUUUACAAAUCAAACGUCAGCUGCUACAUCCUCACCAGCAGCUCCAUGGUGAACGCGUCAACACUCACAUUUGAUCUGAGGGGCUUCACACACAGCAUGACUGAGGUCAGGCAGCAGUUUGAAGCUCAGCUGGAUCAGAUGUCUCUCACUAAGAGCAGACUGGCUGACAGGAGCGUCAACAGUCUGCUGUCACUCAGUCGAAGCUGAACGUACAUGUGAAAUGUGGGAACGAUGCUGCAGGGAAAACAUACUCCUUGUUUUUAAUCUCAAGUAAU